AUGUCCACCCCCUCUCUAAACACAGAAGAAGAAACCGAAUCCCUCGAUUCCGAAAUCUCCACCAUCCGCGCCGAACUCCAGACCCUCCACCACCGCCGCCGCAUCCUAACAAACAGCCUCCUGACCUCGCGCCCCCUCCAACGCCUCGCCAAAUCCCAAUCCCAAUCCCAAUCCCCAUCUCAAACAACAGCAACCGCCCCAAGAUCCUCUCAAAAAUGGACCGACCUCUCCCCGCUCCUCCACACCUCCGCCCUCCACGCCGACCUCAACCACCACCGCAUCGCCUUCUCCACCACCGCCUUCCCCUUCACCGAUCCCUCGCCCUCGCCCGUCCCCUCCGAGGCCAACAAGAGUCUGAUAGGGUUGCGCAUUGACAUCUGCGCCCGGGACGGGUCGUACGUCAAGCCGUAUUACAUUCUGUUGCGGAAGGGGGCGUUGCACCGGUCUACGGGAAGCGACGCGGAGGAGAGGACGGGUAAGGGUGGGAGGGGGGGGAGGGUGCUGUACGUGCAUCGGCACACGGUUCCCCCGGUGGUGGAUGUGGGGGCGUUGGAGCGGGUGUAUUUGCCGCGAGCUGGGGGGGAUGCAGCCCGGGGAGAAGAGGGGGAAGGUGGGGAGCAGCUCAAGCCGUGGAAGCGCAGCCCCACGAAGAAGCAGAAUCUGAAGGGCUUUCUGCGCGAGGUGCGGCGGCAGCUGGUCGUGUGGCAUGUCCGUUGUGAUGGGGUCCGGUAUCUGCGGGAGCGGUUGGGCGUCGUCAGGCGGGGCGAGGGGCAAGACGCGGACGCGGACGAGGAGAACGGGGUCUGGGAGAGGGAUGUGCUGGCGGAAGAGCCGAACCAGGAGUCCAAGAUCGCGAGGAAUGAUCUGGGGAUCGUCGCGUUGGGGGCCACCGCGUUGGAGGCGGUCUAUGUGCGCGUCGAGUGGGUGGAUGGUCGGGUCGGGCGGUUCAAAAUCUCCAAUGCGGGGUUGGUGGAGCGGGCGGUCGUGAUGGGGGACACGGGGAGGGAUAAGUUGAUGGAGGCGGUCAUGACGGGGGGCAAUGGGAGGUUGGAGACGUUGCUGGAUCGGUGGAGGAAACACGCGUCUGAGUUGAGGGGGUCUGCUGCUGCUGCUGCUCCUGUGUCGGUUGGGGAUGGUGCGUCGCAGACGGCAUCGGAAGCGUGA